AGAGAGCGCAUCAUCCAUCUUCUAAGAAACAACAAGCAGAAACCAUCUAACGACCCGACAGAGGAACAAACAUCAUGGGAGCCGUUCUGGGCCUGUGCUCCAUGGCGAGCUGGAUCCCGUGCCUGUGCGGCAGCGCCCCCUGCCUGCUGUGUCGGUGCUGCCCCAGUGGAAACAACUCGACGGUGACUCGCCUCAUCUACGCCUUCUUCCUGCUGCUGGGCGUGGCUGUAGCCUGCAUCAUGCUGAUGCCCGGCAUGGAGGGGCAGCUGAAGAAGAUUCCAGGUUUCUGUGAAGGAGGGAUGGGUUCGUCUAUUCCUGGCGUGGAGGGUCAUGUGAACUGUGACGUGCUGGUUGGCUACAAGGCUGUUUACCGAGUUUGCUUCGGCAUGGCCAUGUUCUUCCUCCUCUUCUCUCUUCUCAUGAUCAAAGUCAAGAGCAGCCACGACCCCCGAGCUGCCCUGCACAAUGGGUUUUGGUUCUUUAAGUUUGCUGCAGCCGCUGCCAUCACUAUUGGAUCAUUUUUCAUCUCAGAAGGCCCCUUCACUACUGUGUGGUUCUACAUCGGCAUGGCUGGAGCCUUCUGCUUCAUCCUCAUCCAGCUGGUUCUACUCAUUGACUUCGCUCACUCCUGGAAUGAGUCCUGGGUGGAGAAGAUGGAGGAGGGCAACUCUCGCUGCUGGUAUGCAGCUCUGCUGUCCGUCACCACAAUCAACUACUUGUUGUCGCUGGUGUCACUGGUCAUGUUCUACGUCUACUACACCCACUCUGAUGGCUGCACUGAAAACAAGGUCUUCAUCAGCAUCAACAUGCUCCUCUGCGUUGGUGCCUCCGUCCUGUCCAUCCUGCCUCAGAUCCAGGAAUCCCAACCCAGGUCUGGCCUGCUGCAGUCGUCCCUGGUUACCCUGUACACCAUGUACCUGACCUGGUCUGCCAUGACCAAUGAGCCUGACAGGAAAUGCAACCCAAGCCUCUUGGGUAUUAUCGGGCUGAACAGCACCAGCCCUGCAGGUCAGGAUCACGUGGUUCAGUGGUGGGAUGCCCAGGGCAUUGUGGGAUUGAUCCUUUUCCUCAUGUGUGUCCUCUACUCCAGUAUCCGUAACUCGUCCAACGCUCAGGUGAACAAGCUGACUCUGACCAGUGACGAGUCCGCUCUGAUCGAGGACGGCCCUCAGACCGACAGCUUCGAGGAGGCCGGUGGAGUCAACAGGGCUGUGGACAAUGAGAAGGAUGGCGUCACCUACUCCUACUCUUUCUUCCACUUCAUGCUGUUCCUGGCAUCACUCUACAUCAUGAUGACGCUCACCAACUGGUACAGCCCCGACUCCAACUACGAGGCCAUGACCAGCAAGUGGCCGUCUGUGUGGGUGAAGAUCUCCUCGAGCUGGAUCUGCAUCGCUCUCUAUGUGUGGACUCUGGUGGCUCCGCUGGUCCUGGUCAACAGAGACUUUGAGUGAGACUCACACCGUCCCGCUGCUCAUACACACAUCGUGCUCUGCUUCACCUGUGUUUUGUUUCAGUAAACCAGUAGGUAGCUAACCCUGCAUCAGUCCCAGCUGGAGGGGCCGGGCUGUGCUCAGACUGGCUCUAUCAGGACGUUUAGUCUGGAGGCUGCAGAACCUGUCCCAGCUCUGACUGCAGCCUGCUCUCCUCUGGUCUAAUGUCAUUGUGAAUCCUCAACAGCCUGUUGUAGUGCUCCAUCCUUUAACCAUUGUAAAUAUAUCCCACGUAUUCCUUGUGGAUGACUUAGUUUGUUUCUAUAGAGACAGGGCUGCAUGCUUUUACUUUCAAACCUGAUGUGACAUUAACAGUAGCUGUAUCUGAAGCUUUUAUGAGGAAAAAGAGUGUUUGCAGCAUCAGCUGAGAUCUGACUGCACUGUUACUUUUUUGGAAACGCCGUCAUGUGUAAAUGAAGUGCUUGGAUUGUGCUGUCAUCAGAUAGAUUCAGUUGUGUAUGAGCAGGACUCCAGCUGUGGCACUAAGAGACCAGAGGGGCUCAUUGUAGUUCAUGAACUUGUACCAUCACCAGACAAGUGCAGUGCUGUGAAGCGAUGUGUGUGUGUGUGUGUGUGUGUGUGUGUGUGUGUGUGUGUGUGUGGUAUUCUAGCCAUGAAAGCUCUACCAGCUGUGUGUCAUCUGCAGCUUGCACACAGCAAAAGCAUCCCUGUUUUUGUUGCUUCUCAUUUGCAAUGAACAUUAAAUGUAAAAUAGAAAUUGAUUGUUUGAAAACUUCAUGAUAAAUUAUUUGGUAGUGAUUAGUAUUAGCAUGUAGCUUCUCACACACUUUGCAGACACAUUGUGUGUACACAUUUGUAUAAUUGUCUCACCUGUGCUUCUAUCCGAAUAUGAUUUGACUCUUGACAUGUAAAAGUAUUAUGUAACUCGUUUAAUAAAAGUGAAGAAAAAGCUGA